AUGUUCAAUCAGCAUUUGAUGAAAGCCACUGUUCGAUCGCAAGAUCUCAUCAAGUCAAAGAGGAAGCAGCGCAAGCCGCGCUCGCUGUUAUUGCUUUUGAAAAGCUUUGUAGGUCUACGUGUACGCAUUGACUUGAAGAAUGACUCGGUUUUGGAAGGUGUGGUAGAAGAGGUUGUGCAGGAUAUGGACUUUACUCUGCUGGACGCCUGUGAGACUAAGCCCAACGGAACUUGUAUAAAUCUUGAUGAGGUGUUCGUGAUGGGUAAGACAGUGCUGUACGUGCACAUCCCAGACCGGAUUAACAUCUCGCAGCACCUUCAGCAAUAUACGCGUAUGGUUCGCCAGAGUGCUAUGAUGUAUACUCGGGCAAAGCGCUCGACUAGCUCAAUGUGA